AUGACAGAAAUAAAUUUUAUCGGGGAAAUUGCAAUUCGUGUUUUUCGUGCAUGCAAUGAAAUGAAUAUUAGAACAGUGGCUAUUUAUAGUGAACAAGAUAAAAUGCAAAUGCAUCGUCAAAAAGCUGAUGAAUCAUAUUUAAUUGGUAAAAGUUUACCACCGGUAGCUGCUUAUCUUAAUAUUCCUGAAAUUAUACAACUUGCUCUAAAACAUAAUGUCGAAGCUAUACAUCCUGGUUAUGGAUUUCUUAGUGAACGAUCUGAAUUUGCACAAGCUUGUACUGAUGCUGGCAUUAUAUUUAUUGGACCAUCAGCUAAAGUUGUCAAACGUAUGGGUGAUAAAGUUGAAGCUCGACAAGCUGCUAUUAAUGCAAAUGUUUCAGUUGUUCCUGGAAGUCCUGGACCAAUUACUUCUUCUGAAGAAGCUAUGGAAUUUUGUAAACAAUAUGGAUUACCAGUUAUACUCAAAGCAGCUUAUGGUGGAGGUGGUCGUGGGAUGCGUGUGGUUCGAAGACUUGAGGAUAUUAAACAAAAUUUUGACUUGGCUUCAUCAGAAGCAUUAGCAGCUUUUGGAAAUGGUGCAAUGUUUAUUGAGAAAUUUAUUGAACGACCAAGACAUAUUGAAGUUCAAAUUCUGGGUGAUAAAUAUGGAAAUGUUGUACAUUUGUAUGAAAGAGAUUGUUCUGUCCAGCGCAGACACCAGAAGUUAGUGGAAAUAGCACCAGCCCCGAACCUAGAUCCGACUAUUCGUAAAUCAUUAUUAAACGAUGCGGUACGAUUAGCAUCUUCUGUUAAUUAUGAAAAUGCUGGUACUGUAGAAUUUCUAUAUGAUCAAACAAAUGGACAAUAUUAUUUCAUUGAAGUCAAUGCUCGUCUUCAAGUUGAACAUACUGUUACUGAAGAAAUUACGGGUGUAGAUAUUGUUCGAUCACAAAUUCGUCUAGCUGAAGGUCGUUCAUUAAGCGAUCUUGAUUUAACUCAAGAUAAAAUUAAACCACAUUGUUUUGCAAUACAAUGUCGUAUAACUACUGAAGAUCCAACGAAACAAUUUCAACCUGAUUCAGGACGUAUUGAAGUAUUUCAAAGUGGUGAAGGAAUGGGUAUACGUGUGGAUUCAGCUUCAGCAUUUUCUGGAGCCAUUGUUUCACCAUAUUAUGAUUCAUUAUUAGUGAAAAUAAUUGCACGUUCAGGUGAUUUUCGUUUAGCUGCUAAAAAAAUGUUACGUUCAUUAGCGGAAUUUCGUGUACAUGGUGUUAAAACAAACAUUCCUUUUCUUAUGAAUGUAAUAAAACAUGAAAAAUUUCUAUCUGGUAUUGUUGAUACAACUUUCAUUGAUGAACAUCCUGAGUUGUUUAACUUACCACCGGCUAAACAACGUGCUCAAAAACUAUUACGUUAUCUUGGUCAUAUAAUGGUGAAUGGACCAUCUACUCUAUUGGCUACCAAUUUGCCACCAUCUGAAAUUGAACCAACUGUACCAACAGUUUCUUAUGCUAAUCAUAUUCCAAAAGGUUGGCGUAACAUACUAUUAGAAGGUGGACCAGAGAAGUUUGCUAAAGCUAUUCGAUCACAUCCACAACUUUUGAUUACAGAUACUACUAUGCGUGAUGCACAUCAAUCAUUGUUAGCAACACGUGUACGUACAUUUGAUCUAUUACGUAUUGCACCAUAUCUGGCUUAUCAAAUGCCACAAUUGUUUAGUAUUGAAAAUUGGGGAGGUGCUACAUUCGAUGUAAGCAUGCGUUUCCUGCAUGAAUGUCCUUGGGAACGUUUGGAACAACUUCGUGCUAUUAUUCCUAAUAUUCCAUUUCAAAUGCUUCUACGUGGUGCCAAUGCAGUUGGUUAUAAAAACUAUCCUGAUAAUAUCGUAUACAAAUUUUGUGAAGUUGCUGUCAAAAAUGGCAUUGAUAUAUUUCGUGUAUUUGAUAGUUUAAAUUAUUUACCAAAUUUAAUUAUGGGUAUGGAUGCUGUCGGUAAAGCUGGUGGAGUUAUUGAAGGUUCCAUAUGUUAUUCUGGUGAUUUGUCAAAUCCUAUACUUGAUAAAUAUAAUUUAAAUUAUUACAUGGAUUUAACUGAUCAAUUAGUGAAAGCUGGAACUCAUAUAUUAGGAAUUAAAGAUAUGGCAGGCUUAUUAAAACCAAAAGCUGCUCGUAUACUUUUAUCUGCUAUACGUGAACGUUAUCCUGAUAUACCGAUUCAUUUGCAUACACAUGAUACAGCGGGUGCUGGUGUAGCAUGUUUAUUGACUGCCGCUGAAUAUGGUGUAGAUAUUGUCGAUGUCGCUGUGGACAGUAUGUCUGGUUUAACUAGUCAACCAAGUAUGGGUGCUUUGGUGGCUUGUUUAAAACAUACAGACAAUGAUACUGGUUUAUCAAGUGAAGAUGUAUCAACUUAUUCAGCUUAUUGGGAACAAACAAGAAAUUUAUAUGGACCAUUUGAAUGUACUACAACUAUGCGUUCUGGUAAUGCUGAUGUAUAUGAAAAUCAAAUACCUGGUGGUCAAUACACCAAUUUACAAUUUCAAUCAUAUUCACUUGGUUUAGCUGAUCAAUUUGAAAAAGUGAAACAUAAAUAUACUGAAGCUAAUCAAUUAUUAGGUGAUAUAAUUAAGGUAACACCAUCAUCUAAAAUAGUCGGUGAUUUAGCUCAAUUUAUGGUACAAAAUAAUUUAACAGCUCAACAAGUAUUAGAUCGAGCUGGAGAAUUAUCAUUUCCAUCUUCAGUAAUUGAAUUUUUCAAAGGUGAAAUUGGUAUUCCUUAUGGUGGAUUCCCUGAACCACUUAGAACAAAGAUUAUGCAAGGUCAAAAAGCUGAAACUGAACGUGCUGGUUCACAUAUGGAACCAUUUGACUUUGAUAAAUUAUCUAAACAAUUAAAAGAAAAAUUCAAAAGAGAUUUUGAUGAACGUGAUCUAUUGUCAGCAGCUUUAUAUCCUAAGGUAUUUGAUGAAUUUGAAGAAUUUCGUACAAUCUAUGGUCCUGUGGAUCGAUUACCGACCCGAAUGUUUUUCAUUGGACCUAAAAUUGCUGAAGAAUUCCCAGUUGAUUUAGAAACUGGUAAAAUGUUACAUAUUAAAACAUUAGCUGUUGGUGAUUUAACCAAAUCUGGUGAACGUGAAGUUUUCUUUGAAAUGAAUGGUCAAUUAAGAUCAAUUUUGAUUAGUGAUAAAGAAGCGACAAAGUCUAUUUCAUUUCAUCCAAAAGCUUUAAAAGGUGUUAAAGGCUCGGUUGGUUCACCAAUGCCUGGUGAAUUAGUUACAAUCACUGUGAAAGAAGGUGAUCAUGUAGAAAAAGGUCAAAAAUUAGCUACAUUAUCAGCUAUGAAAAUGGAAGUCAUUCAUCGUCUGGUACUGAAAAUAAUACGCCCAAAAAUUCAUCUUCGUAAACAUAUCAAUGUCAAUAAAUUGGUUGCAGCUGUUGUUGUAACUAAAUAUCAAAACAAGCUAGGUCCAAGACUAUCUAUCGACCCAUAAGUAUGGAUGAGCACUGGCUGCAUUUACAUGAUACCAAAAAGAUGGUGAGCGAAGUCGCUUGCGGCUUGUACAAUGUUUGUGUAAGGACCGAUAAACUUGGUGGUCAGAGCGUGUGACGAGUCGGAGGCAGAAACUGCAUCUUUUAACUGCCAGUAACUCAACUCAUCUGGGCUACUAGCAGAAAUAAGUCUGGUGUUCGUGAAACAAUUUGUGAUACUAACAGGACAUCAGUAAAACUGUCCUUUCUUAUCUUACCAGCGUCGACCGAUCCACCUAACGAGGCGAAGAUCUGCAAGAAACCCCAACUCUUAAGGCACCACAAAUCACUAGGGCAAGAUGACUUACCUCCGACCCUUUUUGAAGAUGGUGGCGACCGUCUGGCUAAAUAACUAUUUGGGGUGUCGACAGAAUGUUGUGAAUAAGUGUUCCAACUCCCUAGAAUGGGUCGAUAGUCGUCCCUAUUUUUAAAAAGAGUUGUGAUCAUCUAUGCAUUAACUAUCAGGACAUAAGUCUACUUCCGGUUGUGUCCAAACUAUUGGCUACUGUCACACUUCAUGGCUUGUUUGAAACCUGUGAAACAUUGACCCACAAAGUGCAGUCUAAUUUUCGUUCUGGUUAAGAAUCUUUUGAUCAUUAAUACUUCCACUCUUAUACAUUAAUUUCUAUUUCUUUGUUCCUUUUUUGUUAUACUCACCUUCCUUUCUCUAUCUCUUUACUAUCUCUGUUUGACUGGCUCACAAAUGUUUUGGUGCUUCUUUGUAACAAUGUUUGCAUGUUU